UAUUUCACCACGAAGUUGCUUGUGUUGGGUCGUUAAUCAAUUGCUCUAGCUUUUAACUAAUUUUAAAAUACAGUAUACUGAUUAUUCACUACUUCAAAGAUGAAGAAAGUAAUAUUUCUAUGUUUAUUGUCAUUAUCGUUCUGCCUGAGUAAGCCAACUGACGAAGGUAAACCUAGUCAGCCGCAGACCACAAAUGCCACCCCAGACCCGAAAGUUCCGGUUGCAACAGAAAAAUCUCCCGCCAUUACCGGUGUAACCGAACAGAAGCCUGCCCAAACCACUACAAGUGAAAAGAAUAACACAACAGAAGCAACACCGGUCCCCAAUGAAAAAACCAACACCUCUCAAACCGCUCCAAGCGAAAACAAAACCAAAAAAGACACGGAACCUCAGAAAGAAACCGAAAAGAAGGUAGAACCUGCCAAAGAAAUGGCGUCUGCUAAACUCGAGCCCGAAACGAAAGCCAGUACAGAGACACAGAAGAAUGUCACACAAGCUAAACCUGAAGAGAAGACUGAAAAGGUCCCCAUUACCUCCACUGAGAAGAGUGCUGUGACAACUAAACCCACAGAAGCACCUAAAAAGGAUGAAGAUAAACCCACACUCCAAUCUAGAGGAUUUGAUGGACCCAGCUUCAUUGGUGGCAUAAUUCUUACACUUGGUCUGCUUGCAAUUGGAUUUAUUGGCUUCAAAUAUUACAAGAAUCACACUGAAAGGAAUUACCACACUCUCUAAGUGUAAUGUUAGUUAAGCUUGACUUCAUUAGUUAAGGUGCACUUUAUUCCUUAGUUAUGUUUCAAGGGGCACAUUAAAAUAAAUGGACCUUAAAUUUUUGUUACAUUAGAAGAUGUGUAUUUUAUUUUUUUCUCUGUGCACUUAAAUGUUGCCAGUUUGUCUUUAACAGGGUUGCCCUAGUUUCGUUUCUUAAAAGAUUGAGAUUUAUUUUACCGAAUUAUAAUGGGACUGGGACAUGUAUAUGUUAAAUUUUUUAUUAUAUGCAGCUGAUAUAGUUUUAUUUUGCAUGUCAAAAGAAUUGAAUUUGAAACAGUUAUUUCCUUCUUGCAAACUCAUUUUUCUUGCCUAAGACCAAACAAAAUGUAUAUUAUGAUUGCAUACAUAUUCAAUAUUUAGAAUUUUGAUAAUUUUGUGUAAAUUUGAGAGAUCUUAAGAUUUUUUGUGAAUUUAUUAGAUGUUAAACUUAAGGUUGGAAUACUUCAAAUUAUAAACUGUUUUGAAAUGCAUAUUAUAUAAUUGAUGUUAAAAGAUGUGUAAUUUAAUCUUAGGGAUGGAUUUCUAUUAUUCGCCUGUGCCAUGUUCCAACGAUGAGAUUUUUUAUUAACAGUAAAACACAUUUGUAUUGUAGAAUCACUUCAUUGACUGCACGGAAUCCUCAUUUUAUAAAUAGUUGUAAGCAUAUUAUUAAGUGUUGUUGUAAGGUAACGCAAUGUGAUGAUGAAAAUAAGGGUCUAAAAUAGUAAAAUAUUGGUUUGGCACAAUUCAAACACUUUGAAUCUCUAAUAAGUUACCUUCUCGAAUCUCUUCAAUGUAUGACAAUUUGUAUUUCCUAUACUUUAUAUUGCUUGAUGUUGAUGUGCUAAACCAAUGUACGCAUUUUGCUUUUGUGAUUUUGUAAACUGGGGAAAGUUCAUUCCAUCCUAAAGUGCUCUUAUAAAUCUCAUCUAUUUAUGGGUUAGUUGUGGAGUAUUUACAGGCUUUAUAUUAUCCUCAAUUAUUCUGCUCUUUUUAUUCUUGUCACUUUCGUCAAUAGUUGUGUUAAUAAAGAUAUAUAUGUGUA